AAAAGGGGCGGCGGCGAGAAAGAGAGCUUGCCGCGGGGCGAACGGGCAGGACUAAAGCAGGACACAGGUGACGGAGGAUUCGCUCCCGGAGCAGCCGCGGCCAGGUGGGAAAGACGCCGGGGCGGCCGAGCCCGCCGCUGAGGUAUAUGAAUGACCUAAAGCUGCAAAUAAAGACGGAGAAAGAACGGUGCCAACUGGGAGCAGGGCAAGGAUGCCAAUUCCUCCUCCCCCACCCCCGCCUGGUCCUCCCCCACCUCCCACUUUUAAUCAGGCAAAUACAGAACAGCCCAAACUCAGUAGAGAUGAGCAGCGGAAUCGAGGAGCCCUCUUGCAAGACAUUUGCAAAGGGACCAAACUGAAGAAGGUGACCAAUAUUAAUGAUCGGAGUGCUCCUGUCAUCGAGAAGCCCAAGGGGGGUGGCGGUGGCUAUGGCCCAGGAGCUGCUGCUUUGCAACCCAAGGGAGGUCUCUUUCAAGGAGGAGUGCCGAAGCUGCGGCCUGUGGGAGCCAAGGAUGCUUCAGAGACUCUAGCUGGUAAGCCAGCCCUACAAGUCCCCAGUUCUCGAGCUGCUGCUCCAAGGCCUCCAGUGUCUGCAGCCAGUGGGCGUCCUCAAGAUGAUAGUGACAGCAGCCGAGCCUCCCUCCCAGAACUGCCCCGGAUGCAGAGACCCUCUUUACCGGACCUCUCAAGACCCAAUACCACUAGCGGUACAGGCAUGAAACACAGCUCCUCUGCUCCUCCCCCACCACCUCCAGGGAGGCGUGCUAAUGCACCCCCUACUCCUCUGCCUCUGCACAGCAGCAAAGCCCAGGCCUACAACAGGGAGAAACCCUUGCCUCCAACACCUGGACAAAGGCUGCACCCCAGUCGAGAAGGACAUCCUGCUCCACCCCCUGUAAAGCCACCUCCUUCCCCUGUGAAUAUCAGAUCGGGACCAAGUGGCCAAUCUCUGGCUCCUCCCCCCCCACCUUACCGCCAGCCGCCUGGGGUCCCCAAUGGGCCCUCAAGCCCCACUAAUGAGUCAGCCCCUGAGCUGCCACAGAGACAUAAUUCUUUGCAUAGGAAGACACCAGGGCCCGUCAGAGGCCUUGCACCUCCUCCACCCACCUCAGCCUCCCCCUUUUUGUUGAGUAACAGGCCACCUCCCCCAGCCCGAGACCCUCCUAGUAGGGGAGCAGCUCCUCCACCCCCACCACCCAUGGUCCGAAAUGGUGCCAGGGAUGCUCCCCCUCCCCCACCACCUUACCGAAUGCAUGGGUCAGAACCACCGAGCAGAGGAAAGCCUCCACCUCCACCCUCGAGGACGCCAGCUGGGCCACCCCCUCCUCCUCCCCCUCCCUUGAGGAAUGGCCAUAGAGACUCCAUCACCACUGUUCGUUCCUUCUUGGAUGAUUUUGAGUCCAAGUACUCCUUCCACCCUGUAGAGGACUUCCCUGCUCCUGAAGAAUAUAAGCAUCUUCAAAGAGUAUACCCCAGCAAAACAAACCGAGCUGCCCGUGGAGCACCACCUCUGCCACCUAUUCUCAGGUGAAGCCUGGCUUGGUCCUGCUCCUCAGGAAAAAGAUGGACCUCCUCUUCUCAGAUGGUCCCCCAACCCCUAGAACCUGCAUGAGAGCUCCUACAGUGUUUCUCCAGUGAGACCAACCCUAGACUCUAAGCAUCCUCCCGGCCCAGCUCCAUCUAUGCAUCUCAUCUCUGGACUUGGUGAUUGGAUUCCUUCUGUUGGCUAUAGGGUUUCAAACCCUGUAUCCAGCCCUCUUCCAGCAAGCCCUGCUAGCCAGAAGAGAAGAGAGCUCCCAUGUCUCCUUCUUUCUUCCAGGGAAAGGUGCCUUGUUAUGGUGAAUAGACUCACAUUGGGCAGGAUGGAGAAUGGACCCCUGUCUGCUGUUAUUCACCAAGCGGGGAUUGUGGUGUGUGCUUAUAUUCCGUAGUUUAGGAGGUUGCUAUGGCCAGGACUGCUGAGGAAAGGGUACUUGUGUGAAGCAGGAAGGGGCUUUGCAGAGAAGUGAUCUGUUUUAAAGGUCAGGUUAUAGAAAGGAUGAGGAAAUGGAGCUUCUUCAUUUUUAAGAGUGUUUUGGUUUUGUUCUCAUCUCUCUUCUCCCCAUUCCCAAGGGGUGAGUUGUACAUACACUAAAUACUAAUCAGUUGAACUAAACAAUAAAAGAAGGGCAUGAAUUAAACUGAGGAUCAUUCCAGAGCUAGUCAGCUCAUCUGCAGCUAAGGGGCCAGGGCCAUCUGAACCCCCUGGGGAACCCUGCCCUUCCCCAGGGUGCUAGGCUGAAGGAUGUCCUUUCCCGGUCCCUCAAGGGAAGAGUCACUUUUUAUUUGGUGCAUUAUUAAUAUUCCCAAUUCACAAACUCCAGAAACUUUCUAUAAGAGGUGAAAAGAGGGGGCCAGGACCUUACUUAGUUUUGUCUGAUUAACCAUGAAGUGGUCAGCAGCCUUUAGAGUCCUUUAGCCUUACAGAAUGCUCCAGAGAGACUAAGGCAAGAAGGAGGCACUUCAUGGGAGGGCCUGGCUCUGAGGGGCUACGAAGGUCUCAACAGCCUGCUCAUACCCAUCUCACACCCCUCUGAUACAGCAGGUUCUUCCUGUUUCCUCUGCCACCCUACCUUCCCAAGACUGCAGGGGCUAAGAAAAGGGCACGGAAAUAUGUGGGACCUUUGGGGGCACAUUCAGAGUCUCCUAAACCAAGAAGCACAAAGACUUAGGGCGGUAUGCCUCAGUCCAUCAGUGGGUCUUCCUUGGCAGCCAGCAAUACAUUGUUCUUUGUCUUCCAGGUUGUAGGUAAACAGCACAGGAAAAAUGGUUGUUUCAAUUGAGGUUGGUUUAUUGGACAGUGAGUGUCUUUUCUCCAACAGCAGUUGGUACACCAGGGACUCCACAAACCUAAAAGUUGGUUUCCUAUAGUCAUAGCCAUGGGCAAAGGCUGCUCAACCUUUAAUGACCAUGGGGAGACCAGGUGGUUCUUUGAAUCAAAUAGGGGAAGCUAGUUAAAAACUUUCAGAUAAGUUACAGGGUUAAACUGUCAUAGGGACCUUUCUUUUAUUAUUAUUAUUAUUAUUAUUAUGAAGACUAUUAUUAUUUUCUAAGACAGGGUUUCUCUGUAUAGCCCUGGCUGACCUGGAACUCGCUCUGUAGACCUGGCUGGCCUCAGACUCAGAGAUCCACCUGCCUCUUGCCUCUGCCUCCCAGGUACUGGGAUUAAUGUCGUACACUAUUACACCCAGUUUAUAGGGACCUCUCUAAUCUAGUGGAACAUAGGCUAAGGAUCUGUGUGUGAUGUCAGGUGAAACCCAAACCUUCCAGUGCUGGUGAAGGUAGGCUUAACCUGGUUUAUUUAUUUAUUGGGUUGUUACCCUUUGCCAUCUAUCUCCUGGACCACUUUGACUCUUGGGACAGGCAGUGGUUAGAUCUCACCAGACUUCUAAUUGUUUACUGUUUAUCGUUCUUCUCAAAUACCUUAGCAGUCACCUCCCAGGAGCAUCCCCAGCAUCCUAAAGUGAACAGAACUAAGAGAGGGAGAAGAUCUGAUAGUGCAAGAGUUCCAGGGUAGAUGCUAAUUGCUGAACUUUGACUGUGAAGUUUUCCCAUUUGUUUUUGAAAUGGGAGUUGAUGCCUUUUGUACAAUGUUAUCGAAGUGUAUAGAGAUUUCCCCUCACUGAAACAUAGAACAUCAGAAUAUAUAUAAUAUAGCAAAUAAAGCCAAACCCCAGCUUUUCACUGGGGCUGAUAUCUUCCUCAACAUGACCUGUGUCCUUCAUAUUCCCCAAAUUUGGACUGUGUCAUGUGGGUAUUGAUUAUAUUUUCAUUGUCUUUGCCUGAUGGAACAAUAUCCAAAAAAGGUCUGGGUUUAGAUCAGCAUAAGAGCAUGUUGGUGACACAGCACCUAAUUUAAAUGUCUUUGCCUUAUACAUCAUUUGGUCCUGCUUUAAUAACAGAUUUAUUACCAUGUAUAUUUGCUACUGAAGUUGGGAAUGUGAUCCUCAAAUCUGUUGGUCUAUUUUUUAUGUUGUACAAAACUUGUAAUACAGGUUUAAGAUGGGCGGGCGGACGGGCAGCAAGAGCACUGAAAAUUUUCCCCUUUGGAACUGCUGUUUUUAUCCGCUUAUGGCAAUGUUGUCUCUUCAGUGGAAGAUUGGGUGGUCUCACAUUGAGGCUGUAGCCUAAUCCUUUUAAUUCCCUUGUCCCCUCCCAAAGAAAGAGAAGAGACAUUGCCCAGCUAAGCAGCAAGAUGCUUUGUCAACAGCUCUCCUGUGGAUUUUGUGGGGCUUUUCCCUAAUAGGAAGCACUAGUAGCUGUUUCUUACUGCCCUACCUGAACUGGGCAGUGGCCUCUGGUUUUGGGAUGAGCUAGAUGCCCCUCUUUCCCUUUCUCUAGUCACCAAACCUGGACCAAAGAACUUUGAUAUUCCAGGUGUGGUUUUCUCUCUCCUGGGGAUUUACCACAGCUGCUGCAGAGCCCUGCCAUUUUCACAGCCUAGACCAAUUGUGUGAGCAGCUAGGGCCAUCCCAGCCGAUGGAUCUGUCCCUGCCCCCUUCCCCAGCAAAGGCAAGGAAACUAGUCACUGGCAUUGCACUAGGAGAAUCCCCUUACCCAGUGGCUUCCCAGCUUGAAACCCAGAUUUACCUCCAGAGAGAGGCGAGGGGGGGGGGGAUAACUGUAAAUAGGUUUGCUACAGAGAAACUCAGGGUUGGGGUGUUUUAAUUCUCCUGAUCACUUGAAACGAUCUGUAGGCUGAAUGCUUAUGGGAGUGUGGCAGAAAUGUGACUCCAGGGUCCAUCGUUCUGUGGGUCUCUGGGGUGGGUGGAGCGUAGGGCAUCAGAGGCUCCGAUAUAGCACCGCACUGUGCGGUCUGUCCUUCUGGAAACCCAAACCUACAAUCAGCUGCAAAUCAGGUUCUUCACAUUCCAGCUGUCAUUCUUCUCUCCCUGUGACUUCAGUCCCUAGUCCUGUGGUCAGGGUGACUGUUAAGCCACCCAAUUUUAGGGAAUGAGAGGGAACAGGAGACCAUUAUAAUUCUGCCUUCAAGACUCAUUUCUUGAACUUAAAUGAAAUAAAAUGAUAACCGCCUUCAAAAUCAUGUGCGGAAACAAAAAACAAACAAACAAACCCCACCGAUUACCAUUUAUCUGAAGGAAGGGUUCGGUUCCACUCAACUCCACGUUCAUUGUGCCUUUACUUGUGUUAGAUUUCUGUGCUUUCUUCCUCCCCCUCUAUGAAGUAAUUAAAAUCUUCCUUGGUAA